UGACCAUCAUGGUGACCAAAAGUGUCUUCCUCCUCCUGUUCCUCGCGGCUCUGUGCCGGGCUCAGGGUGUCGGCGAGAAUUGCGACAGCAAUGGAAAGUGCGUCGGUGAUGGCGUCAUCUGCGGCGCAGACCAGAAAUGCAUUUGUCACGAAAGACUUUGGUUUGACGGAACGAAUUGUGUCUCAGCUUUGGACGCCGACUGCAACUCUGUCUCCGCGGCUUGUGCAGUAAUUCCUUUCGCAUUGUGCGAGACCACGUCCAAUUUUUGCAAGUGCCUUCAAUCCUACACUCCAGCCUUGGAUUCUAGCGUUUCAGCCAGUGCCAAUGUCGUCUGCGCAGCAGCUCAAAUCGGCGACUUUUGCCUCGAGGCUCAACAGUGUCAAAGUUUUCCCAACUCAGAAUGCUCGAGCAAAAGCAGGUGUGAUUGCAAAUCUGGUUACGUUCCUGACGAAGACCCUACCAAAGGGUGCGUGCCAGCUCUUACCUUGAUCGGAGAAACAUGCAAAAACUCCAUGCAGUGCAAAGCCAUUGAUGAAAACGCUGAGUGCGUCGACAAGAAGUGUGCUUGUGCUGAAUUCUUCCUCGUCAACUCGUUGAAGAGUGAAUGUCUGCCAGUGAGAUUUAAAAUCGGAGAUCCUUGUGAAGCGAUUGAACAGUGCACCACGGAAUUGGGAUCAGAGGCGCUGUGCAGUCCGUCGAAUAAAACGUGCGUUUGCAAAGAUUCUACAGUAGCCUCCGCAGACGGCAACACCUGCUUACCAAUUUCCUCCCUGGACGGUGUGUGCGUGCAAGAGCAGCAGUGCACCCAGAACAACGAAGGUUCCGAGUGUAAGGAAUUCACGUGCACGUGCAAAGAAGAAUACGAAGUCGUCAAUGGAAAAUGUUUUAAGACUCCUGAUCUCCUCGGCGACCCUUGCACAAACGAGGAGCAAUGCGAUAUUUUCGGAGCAGAUGUUGCCCGGUGCUUCGAGGAAAAGUGCCAGUGCAUCGACGGCUACGUCCCCAACUCACAACAGACGGGAUGCCUUAAGGGCGUGGGAACGAUCGGCUCCCCGUGCACCGACAGUACGCAGUGCAGCUCCAUCUCCAACUCGAACUGCGACAUCUUCUCACAAAAAUGCGUUUGCAACGAAGGACACGUUCCGUCGGCCGCAAAUACAGACUGUCUGCCAAAGGUGGAAGGCAUCUAUGAAGAAUGCAGCGAUUUGGGACAGUGCACAGCCGCCGUCGGUGGGGAGGUGGACUGCAUCGACAAACGGUGCCGCUGCAAGGAAAACUGCCACUACAUAUUCAACGAUUGCUGGAACAGCCGACGCCUGUUCGAAACUUGCGUGGACAGCCGCGAGUGCCUGCUGGCGGAUAAUGUUGAGCGAGCUGUGUGCCAGAACAGCACUUGUGCGUGCAAGGAGGGUUAUACGGCGGAUAGGAUCAGCAACACGUGCAACUCGGGAGUUUUGGUAACCGGCAGCGCUGUGACUCUUUCCCUGCUGUUGCUGGUAACGCAGAAAGAAUGGAUACUCAGCUUCUUUUGACGCACAUAAUUCAAUAUACUUUAUUUCAUAAUAUUUAACAACAGAUCCUUUGAAAUACAGACACAUAUAAUAUAAUA